AUGUACGUUCCUAGGAGUCCCCGGCAGCGGUUUAAUAAGAUAGUAAGCGGUGACGGAACUGGCGCGAGAAUUGGAGAUGCUGACGUGGCAGAUGUAAAAUUCCCGGCGUCUGCUGAGUUGAAUGUGAGGAGUAGACCGGAAUCAGCAGGGGAUUCUAAGCUAACGUUUACUCCGAUACCAUUCACCUCGAUACAAGCACACUCGUCCGGUUUAGUUUCCGCUGAUGAAGGUGAGGAUGAUUCUAACGAGGGUGGAUUCACCCGUGCUCAGUCGGAGACUGAGACGGAUUCAUCUGAUGAUGACGAGACGGUAACGGAAAAGGAUUCUGCAUCUUCUCGGCUGGAUUCUGAAGGGCAGUCUGUGGGGAGGUCAGAGCUGUUGCGCGCAGGGGGAGCGGGAGAUGAAGGAGCGGGGGAGGGGGAAGCGCAGGCGGAGGCGGAAGUGGAAGCGGGGAGGGGUGAGGCGGAAGGGGAGGCGGCGGCGGGCGAGGAGGGUCUGUUGAAGCAGAGAAAGGGGGGGAAGGAAGCCGGGUCGAAGCUUCCUGGAGACACCUAUGAGGAUGGGAAUAACGAGAACGAGGAGGAGGAAGGAAAGGAGGGAGGGAAGAGUAGUGCACGAGAAAGAGAAAAAGAGGGUGCUGGUGGGAGGGGUGCUGAUAGUGAGGAGGGAGAGAAUGCGAGGCGGCGGGGCGAAGGUUUUGAUUAUGAUAAUGGGGUGGAGCAUGGGAGUGGGGAUGAUGAUGAUGAUGGUCGAGAGGAGAGGAGACGAGAGGAGGGGAGGAAGGAGGAGGGGAGACGAGAGGAGGGGAGUAAGGAGGAGGGGAAAAGGGGACGCGGGGGAGGGUUUGAUUAUGAUGAUGACUUGGGGGAUGGGCGCGGUGAUGGGGGGAAGAAGGGAGGGGGGAAGGAGGAGAGUGCUGGUGAGGAGAGUGCUGGUGAGAGUGAGCGGGAGGGGAGUAAGAGGAGUGCUGCUGAUAGUGAUUAUGGUGGUGGGGAUGGUGGUGAGCUGGAGGAGAGGGCGAACGAAGAGGGUCAGAAGAGGAUGAAGAGGAGUGCAGUGCGGUACGAGGAAGAAGAGGAGGGGGAGGAGGAGGGUGGAGAAGGCGGGGUGGAGAGUGGGGGAGGGAAAGCGACAGGGAAGAUGAAGGGUGGAGAGAGUGACGUGGGUGCGAGGGAAGAGGAGGAGGAGGAAGAAGAGGAGAAGGGGAAGAAUUUGGAAUCGGCUCAGACGGCACUUAGGAAACGUAAGGGUGGAGGAAAACGAGGAGGAGGAAGGACAGGAGAAAGCACGGGAGGGGGAGAAGAAGGAGGAGGAGGAGGAGGAGGAGGAGGAGGCGGUGAGGGGGGUGAGGAGGGGGAGGGGGAGGUGCCAGCAAAGGCAGGGAAGCGGCAGGAGGAGGAAGAGGAGGAGAGGGAGGAGGAAGGAGAGGCGCCAGAACUGGUGCCAGUAUAUGAAACCAUGCAUGGCAGGGAGGUGGUGUGGCAGGUGCCACGUGGCGACCUGCCAUUGGCAGGAGUGGUGUUCUUUGCGCACGGGUGCACACACCGCGCCACGCACUUCUGGCCGCCCCACCGCGCCUGCCCGUCCUGCCUGGGCCUGCCUGAAGACAUGGCUCUUGUUCAGCAUGCCCUCAAGAGACGAAUGGCCGUUAUCGCCAUCUCAAGCCUUUCCACCUGCUGGGAUACGUCCUUCCCACCGGAUCGUUCGCUUGACAUUCCCCCAGUCGUCCAGGUUCUCACGACCUGGCGCCAGCAACGUCAAUUCAACACCCUCCCUCUCUUCGCCCUGGGUGCCUCUUCUGGUGGAUUCUUCAUCUCGUUACUAGCACACUCCAUUGACCUGCAAGCCCUCGUUAUAAUCAUCUCCAGCGGAGUCAAAAAGGCGUUUGACUCGCCGCUGCCCUCCGGGCAGCAGUUCCCGCCGACCCUCUUUGUCCACAUGCCAAAAGACGAGCAGCGCGCCGAGGCGGUCGAACGGGCAGUCGAGAUUCUCCGAUCGAAAGGCGCCGAGGCUGGGCAGAUCCCGUGCCUGGAGAAGAGGCUCGGGCCGAGCUUCCUGUCAGACCGGAUACCAAGCCUAACCCCGGCAGCUUCGGAGAGGAUUUUCCAGGCGUUGAAGCGGGGAGGGGUGGUGGGGGAGGAUGGGAGGAUGGUGAGGGAUGGCAGGCGGUCGGGAUGGGUUGCUGUGUUGCAGAAAGAAGGGGUAAUGGAGGAACUAGCACGGGCGAGUAAAUACUCUGAGAGAAAGAGCGGGGCGGGGAAAGGAACAGGAGGAGAAGCAGAAGGUAGGGAGGAGGAGGAGGAAGGGACGGGUGAAGGGGAGGAUGGGACAGCAGAGAGUGGUGAGAAUGGGGGUGGAGAGGGUGGGUUUAGUGAGGCGAUGGAGGGAGCGAUAGAGGAGGAGUUGAACGUUGCGUUUGCGUUUCAUGAGAUGACAAGCGAGCAUGGGCAUGCCAUGAUGGACUGGCUUCUGGGGAAGUGUGGCGGCAGUGGCGGCAGCAGCAGGAGCAGCAGCAGCAGCAGCAGGAGCGGCAGUGGUGGUGGUGUCAGGGAAAGCAGGAGUGACAGUGAAGGUGAUGAUAGUAACAGGAGAAGGUUGCGCAGUGCUGUUGGUGGUGCAGAAGGGGAGGAAGGUGUGGAGGAAGGUGAGGGUGGUGCAGGUGAGCGGGGUGUACGCACUACAAGCAGGAGUGGGCGGUGUGUGUAUAGCUAG